AUGCCGUUCAAGUCACAAGAACUAUAUCAGUACUAUUAUCAAAGUGGAGCAGCCUUUGCGGUAGCUCCCACGGAUCCAAAAGAUGACUGCAUUGCUCUAGCAAACCUGGAUGAACACGCUCUUCGGAGUACCAUUCUGAUUGCUGGCAUACAUUACUCUUGGAACACCGGGAACAUAAAGGCUUAUGAUUCCGCUUUUCUUUUCCACAAGAUUGAGAGCAUACGUUCUAUCAACACAUGGCUUGAAGCUUCCAACUCCAAACCAUUUAUUUGUGUCAGACAAAUCUUGACAAUAUGUCUGGCUGAGGCUUGUCUUGGCAACCUCAAUACCGCAGAGACUCACCUCAACGGUGUUAUGUCAUUUUUCGAUUCUCAUGAACAUUCCCGCGAUGCCUGGGGAAACUUCAGCGAUAUUGAAGUGGAGCUCACUAAUCGUUACCUUCUUCUGACAUCUACCUUUGUUUCCGCCUUGAGGAGCCGCCUUGAAGGUUUUAUACUUCUUCGCGCGGCGCAAGGAUUCGACUCCAAUCAUGACAGAUCAUCGUCCGAGGCCUUGAAAUUAAUGAAAAUAUGGCACGGGAUGGAGCACGGAGGCCUUGAUACCAGAUUGAAAGCCAUGCGCCUCUUCCCGCACUUCUUUAGCAUGCGUCCGGGUGUUCGCUGGCCCAGAAAGGUCGACGCUUUGCCUAUAAUUGACUGUCUCAGAGCCAUUACUGAGGCUGUUGAUCAGUUUCGCACCGAUCCCACGGCUGAGAACCUUAAUCGAAUGUGGAACGACGGUGGCCCCACAAAGCUAAUGAUGGUACUGGUUACUUCUCAUAUAUCAUCCUUCACAAAGGACGACGGGAACGCAGGCUCUCCAGGCAAGGAAAAGCUAUCGCAACCUUCUCUUCAAUCCUCGUGGAGUGGUAUCGGUGCAACAGUGCAACUAUAUAUGCACAGCGUGCUGAAUAUCACCAACGGGGGUGAACCGAUUGAGUGCCGCCUUCUUUACCGCGUUCUCCUGUUGAUGAUGCAAGACAUUGACCAAACUCAAGACCAUCUGAGCGGAGAAAAAGGACGUCUGUGCCAGUCUCUCUGGCUCUGGAAGGUCUUUACUGGAAUUCUAACUCUGACUAAAACCCAGCACAAGCAAACAGCCACAGGCAUACGGACUGCCAGACACUGUGUGGCAGGCUCGUGUAAGAUAGGCUCGCGGCGACUUCACGAAUGGUUCUUUAACCGCGCCAGAGCUUGGAGUUUGGCCACUGAAAUCACAGAUUGGAAAGAUGUGAAGUCUGUAUUACUAACACUAGCCUGGCCAGCUGUGUUACUAGAGGAUGAGAAGGAACAUGCGGCGAAUAUAUGGGCUGAAGUAAUUUCAUAA